AUGACUUCUGCGGACCUCCCCUCCGUUCCCAACGGAGUCCAGUCAGCUGCUUCCCCAGCCGCCUCCAACCCCGCGCCCGGUCAGAUCCUCACCGGAAAGCAAGAACAUUAUCUCAAGCGCGAACUCAUUUCCCGCCAAGUCCAGAGCGAAAUCUCCGAGCUGAAUUCGCCAACCGCCCUCCGACGCUUCGGUGCCCCCUUCAAGUCUGAAUUCGGUGAAGUCGCGCCCGUCGACUCGGAACUUCCUAUCCUGCGAUAUAUCUUUGUCCACCAUGUGCGCAAUUUCCCCUUCCUCGAUCAAGCUCGUGAGAAGGAGUUCUGGCAGGAUAAGUUACAGGUGGUGCGUGUGCCCCCGACCCGACCCUUCCUAGAAUCUUUCGCGACGAAGCAUGUUUCCUCCUCCGAAGAUCGUCUUGAAGAGACCAAGCGCCGGAAGUUGGCCCGAAAGUGCGAGAAACUGGUCGAGCUGAUGAUGGUCUCUGGUAUCCCCACGGCGUCGGGCUACGAGGAGCGGAUCCAGUUCUCGGAGAUGGAGGUGGUAGACCGAGGAGCUAAUGAAAAGGGACUGUUGGUCAAUAUGCCAGAGGGUCAUGCCAUCCAUGGCUGGGACAUCAACGUGGCUGCAGUACGCGUUACUUCGGUGAGGAGGACGGUGCGAUACCACCAACAUGCGGAGUUCAUCCUUCGAGUGCGCCGCGACGGGAAGCCCGAUAUCUUCGUGGCUCGUCGAUAUGGCGAUUUCGCCAAAUUUCACAAGCGUCUACGCACGGAAUUCCCAGGGAAGCCACUCCCACCUCUGCCCCGCAAGAAUAGAUCCUCCACCACAACGAGCUGGUUCGGAUCGGCAGACGAUGAAGCAUCCUCAGUGUCGUCGGUUUCAACAGUUGGGGUCGCCGUGGCCGAUGACAGCACAUCCUCUCGAAACUUGGCCCCCGGCAACCAUCAUCAGCGGUCGUUAUCGCGGUCGUCCAGGCGUUCCUUGAGAUCCCCCCGAGCUUCCAGUGACGGGUCGAGGGAGACGGUGCUUUACCGCGAAGAGCAGAGAGUUUCUCUUCGGGCCUUCCUUCGCACCUUGCUACAAAACAAGCGAGUGGCCGAGACGAAGGCCAUGGAAGAGUUCCUUACCGCGGAUCCCAUCAUUCUGAAUGAAGAGGAGGUGCUGGACAUGCAGAAGCGAAAAGAUGUUGAUUCAGUGCGGAUAGAAGAGCAGAAGCGGUUUUACGAAAUCGCCAGGGUGCGCGCAGCCGAAUUGGACGUCUACAUGGAGAACUUCCGCCGUGACAUUGUGGAGAGCAACGGCCUGACGAAACUGUUCGCUGAAAUUAAAGAAAAGCCGACGGUGCAAGAUCUGAGUCCCAAGUAUCAGAAAUUUGCAGAGUGGCUCCGGAUAGAGGUUGCUGCAACUCUUUACCACCUGUUCCUGGCCGAGGAUAAUUCUCCUGAGUUGUUCGCGCAAGCUAAGCGAAUCCAUUCGCUUGUCCCGUAUUCUUUGUUGAAGAAUGUCAUUCGCAUUGCCAACCCCGCGGCCGUCAUGGCAGGAGUGCUGGACCUCUUCUUGGCCCAGCCCUUCGGCUCGCGAUCGCUGCUCCAGCGAAUCUUCUCUAUGACCCUCAACGAUGGCAUCAAGGCCUUCCAGAAGUCGAUCGAUGCGCUGGCUGCCAAGGUGGAAGACCCCAUCCUUUGCCAAAAGCUGAAAGCGUUCACCGAUGCAGACGAAGAGGUUAAGAAUGAGAUUCGCGCUGAAGCUGCUGCUGAGGAUGUUGACAUAAUCGUGGCUAUCCUCCGUACCGAGCUUCUGCAACCCGAGUUGGCUCCAGAGCAAUUCGGCAAGGUGUUUAAUGGAUACGUGGCUUGGAACCAAGCAGUGGACAAUGUAGAGGUGGAGCUGCGCGAGGGGGCGCAUUGGUUUGCGAACUUGAAGCAGCUCCUGAAACUUUACACUCGUCAAAGGGACAAGGCCAUGAUGUUGAGCAUCGUAGAAGAGCCAACUACACUUCAGCUGUUCCGUGACCUCUUCACCAUUUUCUACGAACCCCUGGUGCGCGUCUACAAGUCUGCCAACGUCUACAGCAGCAUCACCGAUUUCGCACAUUUCGCCGACGAUGCUAUUGCGGUGAUCGAGAAGUGCCAGCGGCAAGAUGUGUCGGCGGAUCCGAAUCAGACGGUACAAGCCUUCAUCGAUCUGUGCGAGCGUCAUCAAAGCAGCUUCUACAAAUUCGUUCACGAAGUUCACCUGCACGACAAUGGCCUGUUCACUUCUCUCAUGGCAUGGAUCGAGGAGAUUCUCGAAUUCCUGCGCAAGGGGCCGCGCGGAGGCGCGCUCGAUAUGAACGCCUUGCUUCGGGGAGCCACGGAUUUCGUGCAGAUUGACAAGGAUAAGGCACUCGAGGAGAUCAACGCCCUGAUCAAGUGGCAUGAAGACCGCAAGCGGUGGCACUUGAACAAGACGCGACAGAAGAUGGCAGCGGAGGGUACAGCACACGACGGAUAUCUGGGUAAUGCGUCAUUCCGAGGCAGUGACUUCGGCCUCGACGAGGCCGAUCUCGAAGAUCUUGCAAUCUCCGACGCCGAGUCGGAAGCUUCCGAAGAUCUGGACGACGAAGAGGACCUGGACCCGAUCUCGGCAGAGCGCAGGCGGCGGGUUAAGCAGCAGGACCAACUCCGGCGCACGGCUGGCGAGCCAGUCAAGCCGGACAUAAGCGAAAUUCUCAAGUUGUCCGAGUCAUUUGGCGUUAUGUUGCGACAGUUAUUUUUACUGGUCUAUCAUGCUCUCACCCACGAAAGCCUUCGGCAGCAGCCCAUCGCCUCACUCGCCUCGCACGGCGGUUCCUCUGCGGGGUCUCUUCCUCGAUGGCGUUUGGCGCUGCAACUGUCCAGAGCGUCCCCCAGCCGCGAAAUUCCAAACCAAGAACCACGGUUCUACGUCUGCCAAAAGCCCCAAGAGAAACGCUGUCGCUUCUUCCUCUGGGCCAGCGACGCCGAAGUCCGCGAAAAGCACGCCGUCUUGACCAACUCUCGCACAGAGCCAGCGGCGGAUUCCUUCUCUUCUGCUACCAGUUCUGCCACCAUUGCCACCCCCACCCCCGAGACACCCACCAAGAAACCACGCCUAUUCGAGACGGGCCUUCUAACCCCUCAGACUGAUCGUACGGUAAGAUUUGGAGAUACAGGCUUGGACAAUAGUGGGGCACGGGGGAAGGGAGGACAGUUGAGUGCGACCAUGCCUCCGCGAAGCGCCAAGGCCCGCAUGAUGGCUGAAGACCUUGAGUUCGAAUGGGAUAUCUCGGAUGAUACGGCGGUGGGGAAUCUGCUUGGUUCUCAAGAACAGAGGCAGCAACAGGCUGCUUCUGCGACUGCUACUGCGCCAAUGCGACAGCCGGAUUUCGGUCCUCCCAAGACGCCAUCCCGGGACGCAGUUGGAGCUUCUGCGCCGGAGAAGAGAAAGCUCGAUGAUAUAUCGGAUGUGGGUGCGCAGGAUGGUUCGAAGACAGAGGCUUUUACGCCAACUUCGUUGGCUCGAUCAUUUACGGAUCGGGCGGUGUCUUUUUCUUCUACUGUGCCGUCGUCGUCGUUGGAGUUUUCGAAGACGCCUACGCCGGUGAGGUUUGUUGGGGCUAGUCCUGCUACGGGUGGAGAGAAGCCUUCGUCUGAUCUGGCAGCGCAGGCUGUUGAGAUUCUGGAUAAGAAUAGGGUGGUGAUGCCGGAGAAAGCGAAGGGUGAGUUGAUGGAUCUCUUGCAGAAGUAUGAGUUGAAGGUGAAAGGUAUUGCCCGGGGACGGGACAUUUCGAGGAUUGCGUUGAAGAAGAAGGACGACCAGAUUAAAGCGCUGAAUGAGCGAAUCUCUAUGCUGGAAAGGAGCGACCUCCCCGCCAUGUUCCGUCCUCCUGUGAACCGGGCCAUGAGAGUCCUGGACCGGUCUUUCUUCAAGAAGACCGUACCGAUCUCUGCGGCAGCGAUCUUCAAGACCUCGGAUAUCGCAAAUGUGCGGAAGGAAUUGACCAAGAGUCGGGACAUGCUUGUGCUGCCGAGAUUGGGCUCCAUAAGGGAAAUUAAGAUCAAUGAUUUGGUGCAUAAAUGUCUGUUGUUGAGGGAGGAUAUUAAGCAUGAUGAUACGGCGACGUGGUCGCCAACGGUUAGUGAGCUUGUGCAGAAGGGAAUGGUUGGCGUUAAGCCUUAUGAUUUGACGUUGGAUUAUGAUUACUGGACUUAUGGUGCGCGAGGAUACUGCUUCGUUGUUUGGGAACUCAAGGCUAAUUGGAGCAGCGGAUAUCAUCAAUACCUGCCUUACAAGCACCUGCUUGCCCAGGUCCUGCUGGACAAGAACCCCAACAUCAGCACCGUCAUCCGCAAGACCGAGGACGUGGGCUCGCACAGCGAAUUCCGCACGUUUCCCUUCGAGCUGCUCGCCGGUGAGAACAAUUUGAACGUCGUCCAGCACGAGCAACACUGCGAGUUCCGCUUCGACUACUCGCGCGUGUACUGGAACAGCCGUCUCGAGACAGAGCACCGUCGUCUAGUGGACAAGUUCCGCCCAGGAGAGAUGGUCUGCGACGUCAUGGCGGGCGUCGGGCCUUUCGCAGUGCCUGCAGGCCGCAAGAAGAUCUUCGUGUGGGCCAAUGAUCUCAACCCUCACGGAUACGAGGUGAUGCUGGACGCCAUCAAGCGCAACAAGGCCGACAAGUUCGUCACGCCCUUCAACAAGGACGGCCGCGAGUUCAUCCGCUGGUCUGCCAAAGCCCUCCUGGAUUCUCCUCACACCGUGACCAUUGAGCCCAAGGUGCGCAGGAGCAAGAAGGCCGCCGCAGAGGAAAAGGGAGAAGCGCUCCCGGCCCCGGAGGUCUUCCAUCGCCCCAACGUCUUCCACCACUAUGUGAUGAACCUCCCCGGUAACGCCAUCGAAUUCCUCGACGCCUUUGUCGGCGUCUACGCAGGCAAGGAGUCGCUCUUCGCCCCUCACACCUCGCAACCUCUGCCCAAGGUCCAUGUAUACUGCUUCUCGGGCCACUCUGCGGACGAACACGACGACCACGUCGAUAUCUGCCAGCGUAUUUCGGAGCGCAUCGGUCACACCAUCACCACGGAGGAUCGUGUCGGCGGCAGCGGCAACCAGGAGAUCGAUCUGGCUAUCCACAAUGUCAGAUUGGUCAGCCCUAACAAGCAGAUGUUCUGCGCCAGCUUCCGUCUGCCGAAGGAGGUCGCAUUCCCUAGUAUCUGCCGGAACAAAACUCAACGCCUCCCCGAUCCCGCAACUACCAACAACACCAACUACCAGCGACCUACAAAAUAUAUAUUUGUUUUGGUGAAAAUGAGCGUCCAACUCCCCCCCGCCACACACCGCAAGCGCACCCUCCCGCAAGGCGAACUCGAAGCCGCGUCGACGCUGAAGCUCGGAGCGGACCAGAACACGCAUACGUUGUCGCUGUCGGAAGCAAGGCUGGUUAUCAAUAAGGUGUUGGAGAAUAAGCGAAGGGGUGGGAAGAAGUAUGAAGAGCCAGAGAAUCUUACGAAGACGCUUGAUUACUUGGAGGUGUUUGCGCGGUUCAAGGACGAAGAGAAUAUCAAGGCUGUGGAGCGGUUGUUGAAUUCGCAUACCGAGUUGGAGAUGUUUGAGCGGUCGCAGCUUGGUAUGUAUAUUUAUUUAUUCCUAUGGGGAUUUUCUUUGCUGGGGAAGAGUAUUGUGGAUGUGUCACAAGGGGACUCAUGGAUGAAGUGGUCAGCAGCAGCUAACAAGUAA